AUGGGAUGCUCGAUAUUCAAAAGGAUUCUAGACAUUGGGAAAAAUGUUCCAUUAUUACAAACGGCUUCUGCAAUUGUGGAACAAAUUCAAGUGCAACUCGAAUUUCAAAUAGAAAAUGAAGAAAUUCAGGAAGACAUUAAGAAGAAAGUCUGCGAAGCGCAAAAACAACUGAGCGGUCAUAAACUUGAUGAAAGAAAAUAUAAUCGAGCAUACAAAAAUUACAUUGAAGUUUUAAAAUAUAUUGAUCUAUAUAUCCAAGACAUGGUGAAUAAAGAAGGUCCGGAUAAUAAAAAUAAAAUUCAAAAGAAGCUCCUUUCUUUUGUAAAAGCUUCUAACAUGAAUGAAGUUUAUAGGGAACUUUUAAAGAAACUUAAAGAUGCAAUGAAAGAAUUUCAUUUUGAAAUGGACAUGGAAAUGUACAGUAUUAUAGGUACUAUAAGCGAUAAAGUGGAUUCUUUGAUGAGCUUGGCUUACUUAAAUAGAGGGUUUGAUCCAAAUCCCAAAGAUGUGAAAUUAAUUAUACUUAGUGACACAGACAUCGAGGAUCCUGAUGAUAACGACAAGGUAAUUCGAGGUAAAAGUGGCCGAGUUCAAAAAAAAUAUUAUAAUGGGGAAGCAGUUGCUAUAAUAAAAGUUAAAUAUCCACAAAAUCAAAAUGAAGUAGAAAAGGUUAAUAGAGCAGCUACAUAUCAUUUGAAACUUAGUGCAUGUAAUUCGAUUAUCAGAUUCAAAGGAACAUUUGCUUCAUGCGGAAAUAUGUAUAUUGUAACCGAAUGGGCUGAAUACGGGAACCUUGAACUGUAUCUUCAAGAAGAUAUUGUAAUUCCCUGGUCCGAACGCAUUAAAUUUUCAACACAAAUUGCUUCCGCGAUUCAAUUCUGUCAUAAUAGUCAAAUACUACAUCAUAAUCUUCGUAGUAUAAAUGUCUUAAUUGAUAAAUACAAAAAUGCUAAGCUAACUGGAUUUGAGCAAGCUAAGUUUACUUUCGAAGGAACUCGACCUUUAUCUGACCAAGAUGGAAUGCGGUAUUAUCCAAUAGAACGAUUUAAAGGCGAAACCCAUAUAUGGUGUAAAAAUUGUGAUAUGUAUAGCUUUUCAGUAUUGCUUUGGGAAAUCGCUUCAAGAAAAAAACCAUUUGAGAAUAUUUCAACCGAAAAUUUAUUAGAAAUUUUACCGGAACAAUUGCAAACUGGUAAAAAUCCAGGCAAAAUUGGUGAUGAUACGCCUCUAAAGUUUAAAAAUAUAAUCGAUAGUUGUGGCUCCUUAAAACAAGAAGAUCGACCCAGUAUUAAACAAGUUUCCAGAGAUCUUAACACUCUAUAUCUCAAUUAUGAGAGACAAUAA